AAGGACACGUGGCUGGAAGCGUGGCCCUUGGAGGAGUCGUGCCAGGAUGCCGACCUGCAGCCGCUCUGCCAGGACUUCACCGAGUUCUCCGACAAUAUGGUCUUGUUUGGGUGCCCCACCUGAUGGGGUGACCCCAACCCGAUGGGUGACCCCAACCCGAUGGGGUGUCCCCUCCCCCCCCCGGUGUCACCCCCGUCUUUUAUUUUGUAGAGUGGGGGCGGCAGUGGUUAAAAAUGUUCUUUCGGAAGCUCUGUGUCUGGGUACAGAGUGGUGGUGUGGGAUGUGGGGGCACCGUGGGGGACAGUGGGGACACCACGAAGGACGGGAGGGCGGUGAGGACUUCGUGGGUGCCCUCAGAGGGGACAUCAGAGGGGAUGGUGGGGUUGUGGGGAUUCCAUAGGGGAUGAGAGGGUCAUGGGGACACUAUAGAGGGCAUGGGGAGUCCUUAGGGGAUGGUGGGGUCGUGGGGACUCCAUAUGGGACAAUGGAGACGCCAUAGAGGACAUGGAGGUGGUGAGGACUUCGUGGGUGCCCUCAGAGGGGACAUCACAGGGGACGGUGGGGUUGUGGGGAUUCCAUAGGGGACGAGAGGGUCACUGGGACACCAUAGAGGACAUGGAGGGUCCUUAAGGGAUGAUGGGGUCGUGGGGACACCGUGGGGGAUGUGGGGAGUCCUUAGGGGAUGACAAAGUCACGGGGACACUAUAGAGGGCAUGGGGAGUUCUUAGGGGAUGAUGGGGUCGUGGGGACUCCAUAUGGGACAAUGGAGAUGCCAUAGAGGACAUGGAGGUGGUGAGGACUACAUAGGUGUCCCGGGGACAUCACAGGGGACGGUGGGGUUGUGGGGAUUCCAUAGGGGACGAGAGGGUCACGGAGACACCAUAGAGGACAUGGAGGGUCCUUAAUGGGGACACCACGGGGGACAUCGGGACACCUUAGGGGAUGAUGGGGUCGUGAGGACACCAUGGGGGAUGUGGGGAGUCCUUAGGAGAUGACAAAGUCACGGGGACACUAUAGAGGGCAUGGGGAGUCCUUAGGGGAUGAUGGGGUCGUGGGGACUCCUUAUGGGACAAUGGAGAUGCCAUAGAGGACAUGGAGGUGGUGAGGACUUCGUGGGUGUCCUCAGAGGGGACAUCACAGGGGAUGGUGGGGUUGUGGGGAUUCCAUAGGGGAUGAUGGGGUCAUGGGGACACCACAGGGGACAUCGGGAGUACUUAGGGGAUGAUGGGGUCGUGGGGACUCCAUAUGGGACAAUGGAGAUGCCAUAGAGGACAUGGAGGUGGUGAGGACUACAUAGGUGUCCCGGGGACAUCACAGGGGACGGUGGGGUUGUGGGGAUUCCAUAGGGGACGAGAGGGUCACGGAGACACCAUAGAGGACAUGGAGGGUCCUUAAUGGGGACACCACGGGGGACAUCGGGACACCUUAGGGGAUGAUGGGGUCGUGAGGACACCAUGGGGGAUGUGGGGAGUCCUUAGGAGAUGACAAAGUCACGGGGACACUAUAGAGGGCAUGGGGAGUCCUUAGGGGAUGAUGGGGUCGUGGGGACUCCAUAUGGGACAAUGGAAAUGACGUGGAGGUGGUGAGGACUUCAUAGGUGUCCCGGGGGCAUCACAGGGGACGGUGGCACUGUGGGGGUGGUGGGGCUCAUGGGGACACAGUAGGGGACACCCCAGGGAACAACAAGGCCGUAAGGACUCCAUAGAGGGCAUAUGGGGCUGUGGAGGCCCCACAGAGGACAGGGAGCUGCUCUGUGCACAGCGUUGCACAGUGCUCAUUGCACAGCGCUGCACAGCACAUCGGUGCACAGUGUGCUCAGCUCACCAUGCACAGCACUGCACAGUGCUCAUUGCACAGCGCUGCACAGCACAUCGAUGCACAGCGUUGCACAGUGCUCAUUGCACAGCGCUGCACUCCACAGUGGUGCACAGUGUGCUCAGCUCACCAUGCACAGCACUGCACAGUGCUCAUUGCACAGAGCUGCACACCACAGUGGUGCACAGUGUGCUCAGCUCACGUUGCACAGCGUUGCACAGUGCUCAUUGCACAGCGCUGCACACCCCAUCGGUGCACAGUGUGCUCAGCUCACAGUGCACAGCGCUGCUCACUGCUCACUGCACAGCGCUGCACUCCACAGUGGUGCACAGUGCUGCACACCACAUCGGUGCACAGUGUUGCACAGUGCUCAUUGCACAGCGUUGCACACCCCAUUGGUGCACAGUGUGCUCAGCUCACAUUGCACAGCGCUGCACAUCACAGUGGUGCACAGUGUGCUCAGCUCACCAUGCACAGCACUGCACAGUGCUCAUUGCACAGCACUGCACACCACAGUGAUGCACAGUGCUGCUCAACUCACCAUGCACAGCGUUGCACAGUGCUCAUUGCACAGCGCUGCACAUCACAGUGGUGCACAGUGUGCUCAGCUCACGUUGCACAGCAUUGCACACUGCUCACUGCACAGUGCUGCACACCCCAUCAGUGCACAGUGUGCUCAGCCCACCAUGCACAGCAUUGCACAGUGCUCAUUGCACAGCGCUGCACACCACAGUGGCGCACAGUGUGCUCAGCUCACAGUGCACGGCACUGCACAGUGCUCAUUGCACAGUGCUGCACACCCCAUCGGUGCACAGUGUGCUCAGCUCAUGGUGCACAGCGUUGCACAGUGUGCUCAGCUCACAGUGCACAGCAUUGCACGCUGCUCAUUGCACAGCGCUGCACACCCCAUCGGUACACAGUGUGCUCAGCUCAUGGUGCACAGCGUUGCACAGUGCUCAUUGCACAGCGCUGCACUCCACAGUGGUGCACAGUGCUGCACACCACAUCGGUGCACAGUGUUGCACAGUGCUCAUUGCACAGCACUGCACACCACAUCGGUGCACAGUGUGCUCAGCUCACAUUGCACAGCGCUGCACACCACAUCGGUGCACAGUGUGCUCAGCUCAUGGUGCACAGCACUGCACAGUGCUCAUUGCACAGCACUGCACAGCACAUCGGUGCACAGCGUUGCACAGUGCUCAUUGCACAGCGCUGCACACCACAGUGGUGCACAGUGUGCUCAGCCCACCAUGCACAGCAUUACACAGUGCUCAUUGCACAGCACAUCGGUGCACAGCAUUGCACAGUGUUCAUUGCACAGCGCUGCACACCACAGUGGUGCACAGUGUGCUCAGCUCACCAUGCACAGCACUGCACAGUGCUCAUUGCACAGCGCUGCACACCCCAUCGGUGCACAGUGUGCUCAGCUCACCAUGCACAGCAUUGCACACUGCUCAUUGCACAGCACUGCACACCACAUCGGUGCACAGUGUGCUCAGCUCACAUUGCACAGCGCUGCACAUCACAGUGGUGCACAGUGUGCUCAGCUCACGUUGCACAGCGCUGCACACCACAUCGGUGCACAGUGUGCUCAGCUCAUGGUGCACAGCACUGCACAGUGCUCAUUGCACAGCACUGCACACCCCAUCGGUGCACAGUGUGCUCAGCUCACCAUGCACAGUGUUGCACAGUGCUGCACACCCCAUCGGUGCACAGUGUGCUCAGCUCACAGUGCACAGCAUUGCACGCUGCUCAUUGCACAGCGCUGCACACCCCAUCGGUGCACAGUGUGCUCAGCUCAUGGUGCACAACGUUGCACAGUGUGCUCAGCUCACGUUGCACAGCGCUGCUCACUGCUCACUGCACGGCUGUGCUCAUUGCACAGCGCCGUUUCCUGCUCUCCCUGCACAGCGCUCAUUGCCGUCGCUGCUUUCCGGUGCUUUCUCAGCCCCCGCAGCCGCUGCCGAGCCGUGCACACACGUCAGGGUUGCACGUCGUUGCACGCAGAACCGUUUGCACGCGUCCUGCGGCGCUGCAACGGCAUCUGCGCGUGCAACGCACGCGGCUGCGUGCACGGGGCGCGCCGUGUCGCGCGUGUGAGCAGCGGUGCACGCGCGUGUGCUGCCGGGCCGCCACCCGAGCGCCGGCUGCGCGCUGCGCCCCUAUGGCCCGCCAGCUGUCCCCACAUUGUCCCCGUGCUGUCCCCACAUUGUCCCCGAACUGUCCCCAAAUUGGCCCCGUGCUGCCCCCAGGUGGCCCAACAGUUGUCCCCACAUUGUCCCCAAGCUGUCCCCAAGCUGCCCACAUGCUGUCCCCAGCUUGUCCCCACGCUGUCCCCACGCUGUCCCCACGUUGUCCCCUCGCUGUCCCCAUGUCUUCGGCCAUAG